UGCAGAGAAGAACCGCUUUACCGACAUCGACAUAGCCUUCCAGCCUAAUCUGUUACUGUUUAAUGUUCAUUGCUCAAAUAUUGACAAAGUCAAUCAACUGCAUGUUAUGAUAUCUGGCUAUACAGGAGUGGAGAUCCUCUACAUAACUGAAACUUGGGCUACAGCUGAAUCAGUUAAUAAUUUCGUUAUUGAGACUUUUCAACCAAACAUAAAUAUAGUUCUCUGUAGCGAAUUCAAUGUAGAUUCUUACAAUCAUAACAUCGAUAAUGAGGCCCUAUUGAAUGCACUGUCUGAGUUUGACUUGCAUCCACAUGGAGGUUGGCCAACAAGGAUUGGGUGCUCGUCUAUCUCAACGACCAAGUUUUCACCAACUUCAAUGAUAGACGUUUGA